AGUCACACAAGCUCGGUUUUGCUCAUUCCAGUAGAAGUUUAUUAUUGUGCUCUGUACUUGGUCUCCUGCAAUUUAGUGCUCUGUAGUUGUCGCUCUAAUCUAAUUUCAACCUGUAGUUGUUUUUGUAGAUCAUGCCGCAGGCAGUGGGAAGGAACGCAGCAGCUCCGUUGCUGUUCCUCAACUUCAUUAUGUACAUUAUAGUCAUCGGACUCGCCAGUUGGAACCUCAACCACUUCAUCAACGGCCAGACUCACCACCCUGGUGUGGCGGGCAACGGCGCAACCUUCUACUUCCUAGUCUUCGCCAUUCUUGCCGGCGUGGUCGGUGCGGCCUCUAAGCUCGCCGGAGCCAACCACAUCCGGUCGUGGAGGAACGACAGCCUCGCGGCCGCGGCCACCUCAUCGCUCAUAGCGUGGGCGAUCACCGCCCUAGCCUUCGGGUUGGCGUGCAAAGAGAUAGCGAUCGGAGGUUACCGGGGGUGGAGGCUGAGAGCCCUGGAGGCGUUCAUCAUAAUCCUGGCGUUCACGCAGUUGCUCUACGUGCUGCUGCUUCACGCGGGGAUGUUUAGCAGCAAGUAUGGACCAGGGUACAGGGAUCCCGACUACGGUGUUGGAGGAGGACCUGGAGAAGUUAAGGGAACGGCCAGGGUUUAAUUAGUGUUUAAGUUUGCUCUGUGUCAAUAAUAAUAAUAAAGUUAUCUGCUUAGUUUUUAAAUA